AUGAAGUCAGGCACAAAACGGUCAUCAAGUUCAGGCGUUUCUCCCAAGACAAAGAAAUCAAAGUUGGUUGUCAGGGUGGGGACACCAUCUAAAGCAGAUACUUUCGGAGGCAAGAAUGCAGUGUCUGCUAAGAAAUGGGUUGGCACACCGCACCCAAUGAAGUUCAACAAGAAGCAGCCAAAGACCCUGAGAGAGCCGUCCGAAAUCAUAGGCAUGGGACUAAAUGAUCAGGACACUCCUUCACCCACCGUCAAGUCAGUGUCAUCGGCUACACAGAUUGAAGAAACUUUGCUGCGUUCUAUGGCCACACCCAAUGCAGGGGCCUCACCAACACACCUGAAGAUUGGCUUCCUUGGAUUGGGUAUCAUGGGGCAGGGCAUGGUCAUGAAUUUGAUCCGCUCCGGACAUGAGGUGACCGUGUGGAACCGCACCUCUUCCAAGGUGUGUACAUAG